UCUUCUUGUUAAGCCUUAGAUAGAUAAUCUAUUGGCGGGGGAGGGGGAGGGGGAGAUCAAGAACAGUGAUAGACGAUGGGAAGGGGCAAAUUCAAGGGCAAGCCGACUGGCAGGCGUCAAUUCUCUACACCAGAAGAGAUGCAGUCCGGUACCUCAACCCGUCCUUCCACAUUUAAGAAGGAAGAGGCUAAAGAGGAGGAAGAAGAAGAGAGAUUUGAAGAUGAAUCUGAGGAGGAAUCUGAUGAAGAAACUGAUAAACGAAAGGGUACCCAAGGUAUUAUUCAGAUUGAGAAUCCAAACCUUGUAAAACCGAAGUCAGUUAAGGCGCGUGAUGUUGAUAUUGAGAAGACUACUGAACUUUCAAGGCGGGAGAGAGAGGAGAUUGAGAAACAUAAAGCUCAUGAAAGAUACAUGAAGCUGCAAGAACAAGGAAAAACAGAUCAAGCAAAAAAAGAUCUUGAACGUCUUGCUCUUAUACGGCAAGAAAGAGCUGAAGCUGCUAAAAAACGUGACGAGGAAAAAGCUGCUAAAGAACAGAAGAAAACUGAAGGUAGAAAGUAACUGACUGUAAUUGAAGUCAUAUUGUUCAUGUAAGACAAUAAUGUUUAGAACCUUUGGCUGAUCUUAUUUGAAACAAACUAAUUUCUGGAUUUUCUAGAAAUUGCUAUCAAAAUAGAUGCUCUUAUUUUUU